CUCUCCCUCUCCCCGCAGCGCUGAAGUUGCAGCUGGACACCAAGCUCUUCGGACAGCACUUGGCCAAGGAGGUGGUGCUGAAGGCGGUGAUGGGCUUCAGCAACAACCCCAGCCCCAAGAAGCCGCUGAUGCUCUCGCUGCACGGCUGGGCUGGCACCGGCAAGAACUUCCUCAGCCAGAUCCUGGCGGAGCACGUCCACCCCGCCGGCCUGCGCAGCAAGUUCGUCCAUCUCUUCCUGGCCACCCUGCACUUCCCCCACCACGACCAGGUCAAGACCUACAAGGAACAGCUGCAGAACUGGAUUCGGGGCAAUGUCAGUGCCUGUCCCCACUCUGUCUUCAUUUUUGAUGAGAUGGACAAAAUGCAUCCAGGUCUCAUCGAUGCCAUCAAGCCAUUCUUAGACUAUUAUGAGCAGGUUGACGGGGUGUCCUACAGGAAAGCUAUCUUCAUCUUCCUCAGCAAUGCAGGUGGUGACUUAAUUAAUAAAGCAGCUCUUGACUUCUGGGCAAGUGGAAAGCGCAGGGAGGAGAUUCAGCUGAAAGACCUGGAGCCCAUGUUAUCUGUAGGAGUCUUCAAUAACAAGAACAGUGGACUGUGGCACAGCAGCCUCAUUGACAGGAACCUCAUAGACUACUUUGUCCCCUUCCUGCCCCUGGAGCACAAGCAUGUGAAGAUGUGUGUCAGGGCUGAAAUGAUAGCCCGUGGCUAUGCUGUUGAUGAGAACAUCGUUCAAGCAGUGGCUGAUGAGAUGACAUUCUUCCCAAAAGAGCAGAAAAUCUACUCUGAUAAAGGCUGCAAGACUGUACAGGCCAAGCUGGAUAUUCAUGAAGACAUUGUGAUGAGAGAUACAAAAGCCAAGGGCUGAGUACCCGUCAGGACUCCAAAGCACUUUCAGAGCUUUUGGAAAUCUGUGUUUUUGCACUUAAGCUUUUCUACUGUU